CUUCAAUUACUUUCUAGGAGUAUUAGAAGGAGGCUGGCCCUACACAAUGCUUUCUGGGACGUCCCGGCUUAUACUGCGUGCGACAAAGACGUUCAGUUUUCAGCAAUGAAACCCAUACCUUCGCUGCAAGCCUUACGGCUCCUCCACGGCUUGAUCCGGUGCCGAUCCGUAGCCGCGAGACCUCGAACAUAUGCCCCCUUGGCUCACCUAAGUCGGCACUUCCAUGCCACGGCACGGUUCAACCGGACAGAAACACAUAUACUGUCGGACAUCGGGGAAGGCGUCAAGGAAGUCCAGAUCAUCCAGUGGUUUGUGGAGGAGGGCGCGCCGAUCGAAGAAUGGAGUCCUCUUUGCGAGGUACAGAGCGACAAGGCGUCGGUAGAAAUCACAUCCAAGUACACCGGUAUAAUCAAGAAGAUAUAUCACGGUCAAGACGACGUGGUCCAGGUUGGAGAGCCGAUCGUCGACAUAGAGGUGGAAGACGGGGUGGACGACGGCGCAGAGCAACAGCCGGCCCAACGUUCUGAUACGGCCAAUGCCGAACGAGUGGCUGAGAGUGGUCCGGAAGCAACGCGUCAAGAGACGAAAGUUCAGGAAGAAAAGGCAACAAGUCUACAAUCCAAACCUCCGGGGAAACAUGCUUCCCUCGCGACUCCCGCAGUGAGAGGUCUGCUCAAAGAACAUGGCCUGAAGAUCGAAGAGAUUCCCGGAACAGGCAAAGACGGGCGUGUCUUAAAGGAGGAUGUCUACAGAUACCUCGAGAAGAUGACUUCUGCCCAACCUCCCUCCGCCGCUGCCGCUGCUCCCACCCCGGCCAGACCCGAGAUUGACGCGAAGCAAACAGAGACGCCGCAGAAGCUGACGCCAGUGCAAAGCGCCAUGUUUAAGAGCAUGACGGCAUCGCUGUCUAUUCCACACUUCCUGUACUCAGACACAGUGGACAUCACCAACCUCGCUUCGAUGCGGGCCAAGUUGAAUGCUGCGCGCAACCCCGAGACGACGCCCAAGUACACAUACCUGCCAUUUAUCGUCAAGGCUGUCUCGUUGGCUCUAAACAAGUAUCCUUUGCUGAACGCUCGCUUGGAUCUCACCACUGAUCCGAAGAAGCCGCAGCUGAUGAUGCGGCCCGUUCAUAACAUUGGAAUUGCAAUGGACACGCCCAACGGCUUGAUCGUACCUGUCAUCAAAGCCGUUAAUGCUCGCUCAAUCACCUCCAUUGCCCAGGAAAUCCAGCGCCUGUCGCAGCUUGGCCAGACCGGCAAGCUCGGCAACAACGACCUCACUGGGGGUACGAUAACUGUCAGUAACAUCGGGAGCAUUGGCGGCGACGUUGUGGCUCCUGUUAUUGUGGAAGGCCAGCUAGCAAUCAUGGGCGUAGGGAAAGUCAAGACCGUUCCCGUCUUUGCAGACGACGGCGUGACCGUCAGACCUGCUCAAGUGGCCGGGGUGAGCUGGAGCGCGGAUCACCGAGUCGUUGAUGGAGCUACCAUGGCAAGAAUGGCCAAAGUCGUCCAGGAUUACCUCCAAGAGCCCAGCACCAUGGUCGUCGACAUGUGUUGAACGACCUUGGCAAAUCUGCCGAUCAUGAAUAUAUCUGAAAUCAUUGCCGUGCAGUGUGAGGGUUUGCCCAUCGGUGAGCUUAUACGACCCAAUUCGUUCAUGAGCUGAGGCAUUUGAAACCACGUCAAUACUAUACUCAUGCCCUGGACGAUGUUGAGGCCAGUCCUGGCGUGGUCGCAGCGCGAGGAAUGAUGGCCACGCUACGCAAAGUCCCAUUGUCACGAAUGUUUGAGAGGCUUUUGGCGACACUGGACUCGAUACCAGCCGAGAUCAUUAUAGAGUCCGCCCUGCUGGAGACGCAUGGCAGUGAUUGUGGUAUUGCCGCUCGUGCAGCCAAACAUCAGAUGGUGGCUCGACGCCGCCCACUUUAACGAAACCCCCAAAACCGACAUAGAGUGGAUUAAAGCACGGCAUUAUGGCUGGAGGCGGGAUUUCACAGUUCCAAAGUUACUCGGUUUGGACGAAUGUAUAGGAACCACGAGCGUAUAUGCAAAUAAUGCCCUACCAAAAAGUGCUGCAAUGUUAAUCGGCUUUUAAACUUCGUACAUAUUGUUGUACUCCUUAGGAGAAAGAGAUUUGGCCUGCCGGAAAGUCGCUUGCAGCCACUGAACCGAUUGUAUCUUGAUGUCCAAUUACAGUGCCUUGCAGUAUUCAAGUUAUUGGCAUGGGCCAGUAUCUGCCACUGGCAUUGCGUUGAAGACUUCCGUGACAUGCGGGAGUUGAUAUCAAGAUUAUCGAAUAUUUAUUCACAUGGGUGGGUAUCGAGCAACCACCAUGACUUCCCUGCA